AUGUGCCCUUACGAGCCUGUGGUUGGAAUGGGUGCACAUCUUCGUACCAUUCCUACGACCGCCGUCGAUCAGGUCGAGGCGCGCUCGACACCUUUCUCGUCGUCGCCGGUGUCGACUUGUGAUUUGCUUCGCUCGUUCACGGCCAGGGCAGUGGGGACUGAUACCGUGGUCGAAGGACCCACCAACAAUGCCACUCAUCUUUCCCCUACCGAAAAGGAGGAACGAAAUUUGAAACGACACAGUCCACUCCUUCCAAAGAUGGACGCUCAUCGCAGGACCAGUGGUGGCACGUCGCACGAAUCAGACGAUGACGAUGACGAGUUCGUUGACGCAUCCCCGACGCAUCACCCGGACCUGGCCCCUCCGGUUGCGACUAUACCUGAGCUCUGGAGCACUAGCGUUCUCUCUCCCAUCCCUGGUUCGGCUUCUUUCGACACCCCGUAUGGCUGGCACGAGGCCCCUGCCUCGCCUUCACCGAAACAUCCGCCAUCUAGGCUGCUCCAAGUCGACGACUGGGACGCCGCAUACUCUGCGCCCAUUCAAGAUGCGGCAGUGAGCAUUAUUCGAUCUACCCCCCGUUCGACGGCUCGACCUCGCUUCUCAUCGGUUCCAGAGUCAGAAAGAGGCAAAGCUGGCUCGAUGAAAUUCGAAGAUGGAACAGCAUCGGCCGACGUCGAAGGAGCACCGCCUGUCCCAGCCGCUCUACCAGUGGAGAAAUCGAUCAAGCUGCGACUACGGGCCCAACUUGCUGCCAAGCGGGCAGCGAUUGAGUCCUCUUCAGGAUCAAGUGUCAAGUCGGACAAAUCGGACAUAUCGGACAUAUCGGUGUCAACCAAGUCAACCGGGUCUGCUGCUAUCGUUGAAGUGGCAUCGAAAAGCGGAUCGACUUCAUCGGCGCCCGUCGAAACACCGGGCGUGCGGGACAUCACCUCAACGCCCCCACCCGAAAAGCUCUCGAUCAAUGAGCACAAGGGACCAAGACUUUCUAACGAUGAGGUACUCGCCAAGAUGCGAGCUGUAAACGCCGCGGCUGGAAGGCACAGUGGAAGUACGCCUACGACUCCGACUCGAGAGGACUCGACCGGCCGCAACAUUUUCGAAUCGCCCAAGACCCCUUCGGUGGGGACUCGAACAAGAUCCGCAACGGGACUCUCUCCAAUCUACACCGGGCCACCUUCCGUCAAGUCCGAUUCUGUCAACCGGGACCCCACAGUCACCCCUGGUCGCUUGCUCGCUCGUAGUACGGGCUCCAUCGUGACGACAUCUGGUCUGGAGCCUCCUCCAAAAGCGGCGUCAACUACCUCGAGCGCGGCCAGCCGAAUCCCUUCCGAAAGGGACCGCAAGGUUGCUCGAGACAUUGCUAUACUCCUAGGAGAUGAUCCGGGUUUGUUCGAGGGUCCGACCCCAUCUCCCGCUCACUUGACGCAAGAGAACGUUGACGAAAAGAAAGAACCGGAACGAGCUGCCAGCAUGACCGAGUCGCAGAGAAUCAGGCAAGAGUAUCAGUCGUCUCAAGAACUUACUAGGUGAGCCUGAUCUUCAACAUGAUCUUAUUUUGAUAGCCUAAAUACUGAUCACCCCCCCCCCCCCCCCUCCUUAAAGCCACGAUCUCGACGAACCUAGCUCGGAAGUUGAUGGUCAGAAGGGAGCAGAUCGACAAUCCAAAGGGCUUUCGCUCCAAGAGGCGCCUCAAGAAGCGACGGGGCCUGCUUCUACUGGUCUUCCCGUCAUCCCAGCUCUGACACCUCUUUCGACAAGCUGGAGCCAGAGUCUCUUCAAGGCGACGGGUCGACCUGCUUCGGGCGAGAUCUUCGCAAAUCCUUCCAGAGGUUCCCAGGCUCAAUCGCGCAGUCCAAGUCCGGCCAAACGUACUGUCUCACCCGAACUCGCAAUUCGCAUGUCGCGUUUCGAAGCGUUGUCGACUCCACCUCCGGCUUCACCUGUUCGGGGCCCCAGCUCGUUAAAACCCUUGGAAGAAACGGUUGAGACUCCGCCUCGGACAACACCUUUGGCUUCCUCUGGCGCAGGUGUCGCAAAACGUUCUUCCGGAAUCAGUCGCAAAGAAACUUCAAACGCCGUUCCGUCUCAAGCGCAAGUUCCACUUCGGAUUCCCGAAACUCCAUCCAAGAUCGACCCUCCCUCCCAAUCAUCUCGAGAGUCGCCCAUCAAGUCGGCUGAUCGUAGCACGCCGAGUUCUCGAGUAGGAUCGACGAAACCCACUCCCGCCUCGCCUGGCUCGGGUAAAUCGACUCCGUCAGGCAUCACCAAAAAAAGGUCAUUCGUUUAUCAAGCGACCCCAUUCCUAGGCAAAGGGGACGUCUUUGGCGGCUCUCAAAAGUCGUUGAAGGACGAACCUAUCGACGGCCCUGUACGCUCUGCUUCUCAACACGAGAAUUCCGUAAUCGCUUCUUCGAUCACCGGAGAUCAUCGACCUGAAUCUCUAGGCUCCAUGAAGCCCUUGACGGGAUCGAUUCGCCGUCGUGUGGGUAGCUGCAGUGAUGCAAGUCAGUUCUCGAAGCCUCCCACUGUGGCGGGGAAUCGGGGGCGUCCGAGGUCCAACUCGGGCUCAACGGGGACCACUGGCGUUCUACUUUGUACCAAUUCCGAGGUUGAGCGUAUACUGCGGGGAGAAAACUCACAAGAACGUGAGUAUUCGAUGGGAAAGACGUAUAGCGUACUAUCUACUGAUGAAAUCUCGCUUCGAACCUCACCUGAUAGGGGCUCAACCUGAGGCUGUCAAAGAUUUCCCCAAAGUUGAUGACUCGCGAUUGACCCACAUCGACGCGUUCGGCCGGCGUCUCCUUCCCUUCGAACAACGAAAGGUGGCGGACGACGACAACCAAACGACGACGACUCGUCAUGCCAUGGAAACGCCCGCGGAUCGCCUCGCGUGGAACCAGGCGAAGGAGGCGUAUUCGGUGACUACAUACGAAUCAGAAGCUUCGUGGACAAUCUCAGCUGACGACACUUUGUUUCGUACUUCAGAAAGAAGCCAGGAACUUCAGAGCGUACGAAGCGUGCAUGCACCCUCUCGGAACCGUGCGCAGCUCUCACGAAGCCCGAUUCGCGAGAACGUCCAGGUCCAAAUCCGCCGUUCUGGAUCAAGAUCGUCUUGAUCAAUUACCCAACGCUUCCCUAUUACCCGUCAAGGACACCAAUAUCAAGACAUUUAAGGACAUGAAAGGCAAGGAGAUCUCAACUACGCCUAUCAAGCUCCCCAGCUCGCCGCUCCGUGGUAUCAACGCAACACGAGACACGCCCCUAGUCAAGCAGGCGUCCAAAUCCUCAGAGGCGUUCGGGAGCAAUUGGUCGAUGCAGCCAUCGCCUUCGGCUCAACCGGUCACUCCGAGUCGUAUCAUCGGACGCGGUCACAGAGGCCAAUACGAUGCACGCCCUCUUGUGACCCGAAUGGGGGACUUUGCCCCCACCGAUCGCGCCGUUCGCGACAAAUCAUCGCCCGUACAGCCGGUGUUAGUGAAUGGACUCACGUCUCGCAAUCCCACCACCCCGGACCACAAACAAGGUUCACCUAAAGUGACCUGGGGAUCCCCAGCCAACCCGGUUCCCUUCGAUCACUCGCCUGCAAGAUCGGAUCCGCUCGCGCCUAAUCCAAUCAACGCCUUCCUCGAGAACGAUCGUAAACUCGUUGAGCAUGCCAAAGCGCGGGCGAAGGAGAAUGGCUCGAUGAACCCUGGAGCUCCGACACCCCCUCGACCGACCGUGGAGAGGAAGAAGUUUUGGGGUCAGUGGCAUCAAGAUUAGCCGCGUAUUGAUGGCCCAGGAUACGCUGACGACGUUCUUCGGUUAACAGGGGGUGUGGUGAAAGCCGACGAGUCGAUGCACGCCCAGCGAUGGGGCACAUCGCGACCAGGAACGAUCGCCCCGCAGACCGAGGGCUACACUCGCCUCGUUGAUCCCCUUGCACGUUCAGUCGCAACUAGGGCAGCUCCCGGUGAAGUGGUCAGGACGGCGGCGGAUGUCACGCAGACGGUGGAACAGCUCUCGGGCGCUGUUGCACGAGAACCCGACUUUGAUUACGGCGCAGUUUCGGGUGAGCGGUUUUUAUUAAAGAGUUUGAACACAUGCUGACCUCACCUACCCUCUUUAUUAGCCGCGAUAUUCGAACUCCUACAAAUGGUUCGCGAGACGAAGAACCGCGAGAUUCGCGAGGCUCACAAACGGCAGCUCGAACGUCAAGUCAACGGAGGUCUAACGGCCAAAGAGCGCCACGAGAUCGAGUCCAAGCGGGCAGAAAUGGCUCGGUUCGAAGCGGAUAGGGUCAAGACUGCUGAAGAGUUCAAGAGUGAGUGCGAUCUAUUACCAUCAUGGGGACGUAGAGUGAAGUAAUUGAGGGCUUCGGUCCUUUCGCGUAGGCGUUCGUUAUGCGAUCGACACGCUCGCGGCGAACGAGGCGAAAACGCAAAACCUACUGACACAGAUGGUCAAGCACAUCCACUCGACCAAGUCGACGACAUUGCAUCCUGCAUUGACGGAAGAAGUGCAGAAGCUGUUGGGGUACGUUGCAAAGAGGUGUACUUGACGAGGCCCAGCUGAUCGACUUUUCUCGAGUUCAGUUCGGUCAAAGCGGGCGUCGAUGAUCACAUUCAGGAGGUCAAGGGAGAGCUUACACAAGAGGUAGGUUAAGCGCUUCUUGCUCAAAUGUUUGCCCUCUACUGACUCUGCUCUAUUCGUCGACAGGUCCAGCGCAUACUCAAAGAGGUAAGUCCUCACAUCUUGCUCCGAGCAGUCCAAGUUGAAUUGACACGCCAACACUAACCCCUUCCAGGUGGAGGAACUCCGAGACGAAAGACGCAGCCUCCAAAAUGAGAUCGCCGGCCUGAUGGCCUUCAACGUCAAGCAAAGUCUCGGAGCCGUCGAUCCCUCGACGACGAGUCGGGGUCCCAGAUCGAUGGCGCCGACGAGCAAGACUGGCAAGCUUUUCGAGCCGAGUAGUUCGGACAAGCAGGUGCGUGUCGAGUCGACCAGUCCCUCUCACUGGGGGUGCUGCAGCACGCUGAUAUUUCGUGUCGAUACGCAGAACCCAUCCGAUGAAUCUCCCCCUAGUCCUCCGCCUUCGCCACAGCCACAGAAACUCACGGCCGCAGGAUUGGGCUUCGGCCUCUUUGGCCCCAGAAUGCCUAGGAAGUGA